AUGCAUCCACUAAAGAACAUAGAUACUCAGAUUUUUUCUGGGGACUUCCACACUCUAGACUCCUGCCAUACUCUAGACUCCUGCCACACGGGCAAGGCACCUUUGGCCAGUCCUGUGGAAAACCGGAUGUAUCGGAGCGUGGAGAACCUUCACUGGGCAACAGUUGCUGACUCGGGGCUGUAUUCUCACUGCCGGAGCCUGGAUAAUGAGAUCAUCUUUCGCUAUGGAGGCACCAGUCAGUGGACAGAAGGCUGUGUGGAUAUGCCCCCAGUACAGAGCACAUCGGACUCCCUGAGAAACCUUUCUCUCCAUACUAAACAGACAUCUCGAUCAGCACAGAAUGUGCUUCUCCCUCCCUUUGCCAAAGUGCCUCAGUGGCUUUUCCCUUCUGCAGAGGAGAAAGCUCUACACAAGGAUGCCAAGAAGGAGCUGAAGGAGAAACUGAGGCUGCACAGCAGUAAGGUGGCAGAGCCCUGCAAGCCAGUGCGUCCACAGGCAGCCCUGCCUGACCUGAUGGCCCAGGAGUUUUUUGAAUGCCAGAUGUGCCGGCAGUACAAGAACGGUUGUGCUGUCAGCUGCUGCACAGUGUUGGUGGAACACACUGCUCUCAGGCACAGCCUCACAGGGAGGCAGAGACUGUGUUUGGCACACAGCAUCAUCAGCCCAGAAGACAUCAAGCAGGAGGCUCAGAGGAGGCUUCAGCUCCGAAGGCAGAAUAGCUCCCCCAAUUUGCCCCUUCAGCAUGCUGGGGAAAGCCGUGAGAUGGCCAAAUCCAGAACAGCAGAAACCCUGGAACAGUAUAGUGGGGAAAGAGAUGUCAAAGCGACAUUGGGACAGAGCAAGAAAGGCCGCUGCAAAGGGAGGCUCUACAUACCCACCUUUGAGGAAUUCAAGCAAAUGAGAAGUAAGGAUGCAAAUUCAUCUGCCAGCAGCAGUGGGCCAGCAGAGUGCUUGAAUAAGGGUCUGCCUGUGAACCAGACCCUGGAGGAGAACAAUAAGAAAGUCUGUUCAGAAGCUCUGGGGACCAAAGCUGUGAAUGAAGGUGCUGUCACAGCGGAGGAUGACGACGAUGUGUUCCAUGAAUACCACACCUCGACUGGCUUUUCCCAACAUCCAGACACAUGGGAUGGUUUCAGAAUGAGCAGCCCUGAGGUGAAGGACAGAACCGACCAGAUCUCCAGCCUCAAUAGAUCCCUGGUCCCCAUUUGCUCUAGCCCUAUUCCACGAUCACCUUUGCAGGCAGUAGCAACACACAGAGCUGGGCAGGAGAUCUUCAGUGAUGAGCAGCAGAAAGGAGAGACAAGACAAUUAAAUGAUGUCCUCCACCUUGCAGGGCAGUCGCUGGCUUCUGAAGCACAGUCCUCUUGCUGUUCAUCGCUGCUGUUAGAAGCCACAGAUUUAUCCAGCUAUGGAGCUAAGCUACAAAAGAUGAAGGAUGAAUUCAUAGGUUCAGCCCUGGAACUUAUUAAGAAAAGCUGCAAUGCCGAGACUGCUGCCAAAUCCCCCUCCAAGGGGCGGUGUGAUCUGAGGAAAGCUGAUCUCCCACCUCCGGAGGACAGCCAGCAGCCCACAGCGAUGUCCAUGGCAACAGCGACCUGGGAGGACAAGCCAAGCAAUGAGACAUCCAGUGACACUCCGCCUGCAGGGAAUACCCCCAGUCCCAGCUGCCGCCGAUCCAGCUCCGACAUCGUCCAUGAGACCACGGAUGGUGCCAAGGCCCAGCGGGAGUGCCGGCUGCGGCCGCACUUCAGUGACCCUAUGCCGACAGACUCGGUGAAAAGGAAGCAGCUAGAGCUGAAGAUUGCAGCUGCAGCACGGCAGCAUGCACAGAAGCGCCGGCAGGAGCGAGACUACGGUCCAGUGGUAGCAAAAGCCAACCUUGGCCAUGGUGGCAGCUUUGAUGAGCCCCGCCGUGCUCCACGUGGCUCCCUCCGCUCCAGAUAUCAUUGGAGCAAUGUCAGCAGCCUGAGCACGGACAGUGGGAUUGUUGGCGUGAACGAUGUCCGGGAUGACCCGGAUCCCAGUGAGGCCACCCGGACCAAGUCAGCGGAUGUGGAGAGGGCAGAUAGUGGCAUUGGCCAGAUGCCAGCCAGAAAGUGGAGGACCAGGGCUUCUGAAACGCUGAGCUCCCUGCAGGCCUGGGAAGCCCACCGUCCCUGCACCGACUGUGGAGAAAGGGACCUCCCGGCAGAGACAGAUGUGCAGAACUGCAAUCAGAGGCGGGCUGACCUCUGCGAGAAGUGCCGCAAACGCAGGACGGAGCGCAAGGAGUCUGUGCUGGAGUUUGUCAACACGGAGGCCAGCUAUGGAGAGGACCUGCGCAUCAUCAAAGAGGAGUUCUACCUCCCCAUGCAGGCGGCUGGGCUGCUGAGCCAGGAACAGCUCCUGGGCAUCUUCAGCAACAUCCAGGAACUCAUCGACCUCAACGAGAACUUCCUGGAGAUACUCCAGGAAGAGAUUGAUCAGGCCUUUGAUCAGGGUGAUGAUGACCUGAUGACCGUGUGCAUCGGCGAAAUAUUUCUAGAGUUCGUCAACAUGCUGCCAGCCUUUCAGACCUACUGUCUUCAGCAGUCCUCCUCCGUGAAUAUGCUCAACGCGCUGGAGAAGGAGAAAGAGUUGCUCAGAAUAUUCCUCAAUGUCUCCCAGAAUGACAACACAGCGCUGCGGCGGAUGAACUUGAGGUCUUUCCUGAUGGCUCCUUUGCAAAGAGUCACCAAGUACCCACUGCUGCUCAGCAGAAUCAUCAAGGCCACCACUGAGUACCACCCAGAUCAUGGCAGCCUGCGGGAGGCUAAGAGCCGCAUUGAGUCCCACCUGGAACAUAUCAACAUGAAAACCAAGCAGGAAGGGAACACGUGGACCCUCCGCUCCUUUCGCCAGGACAGCAAGAAAAAGAGGGAGGUCAUCAACAUUGAGAUGAGAGAAACUGCCCUCAAAACUGUCGGUUGGCUGCGGGAAGAAACACGAUUUGUGAUGGAGGGGUCUCUGCAGCUGGCCCAGCCCCCUGAUGGCCAGUGGGUGAAGAAAGGCAGCAAGACCCUGAAGUUCCAGAACAUGCAAGUCCUCCUCCUGGUGAACAUGAAGCGUGUGUCCGAGUCCAGCCUGGAGUCAGCUGAGCCAGGGCCUGUGAAGGACGCCGUGCUGGUACUCAUCAGGGACAAAAAUAACGGCAAGUUCCAUUUGCUCAGGGAGCCCUUGAGGCUGAGUAAUUGCAUCGUCUCCACUGAUCCUGACUGCGAUGACACUUUUGAACUCAUUGAGAUCAGGCGGGAGGCAUUUGUGUUCCGGGACAGUGACAGGGCACGGACUCACCACUGGUUCAGGCAGAUCAGGCGAUACUCGAGGGAGCUGGGCUCCUGGAAGAAGCGGCGGAAUGCACUACCCAACAUCAUGAUCAGCACCCCUCACACCAGGCCCUGA